UCCACGUUUCAAGAGGAAUACUCUAAUAUCUGUGUCCUCUUCGCUCUUCUUUCACGGCUAAUUGAUCUUCAAGGAAUGCUGGAAUGCCUCGUCUUACGGGGUGUUGAUAAAACUGAACUAAAGCUGAACUAAAGGACAAUGAUCUAAACCUGUUCAUGCAGAGACUGCUGUUUUAAUGGCAAUAUUUUGGUCCAUCUAAUUGCUGGUGUAGCCGAAGAGGUGCCUUUUGGGUUUCUUUUCUUUACUGUGUCAGCUGUUUAACGAAGCAGCAUCAGUGGGAGCUAUCUAAAAAGGCAAACGGAAUUACCUUUCCCGUUAAAGUUGACGACAGGUGCACAACCUGCUUAUUUAUUUAUUUAUUUUUUUAAUAUCCCUGCUGCUCUUUUGUAUGAGUUAUUCAUUCAAGCUCCUGUCCUUUUUUAUUUAUUUUUAAAAUCUCAGUAAGCAUGGCAGCAGCGCUGCAUCGUUUUAUCUCCUGGCAUGUGAAAGGGGUGACUGCUCACUGAAUUUAAAGAGAAAUUACACUGCAGACAAUUCGGAGCAGCAUCUGUGAGCAUUGCAAGGAGGGAGGGGGGAGAGAGAGAGAGAGAGAGCUUUGACGCUGCAUUAAUACAGCCGGCGAGCAAUCACAACUGGUCAGGGCUUGCAAACCGAGCCCUAAACUGAAGAGCACGGCCAGACACUCAAGAUGAACUCUUCCUUUGGUGGAAACCAGUCCAGCCAAACCUUCUGUCUCCUGGGCAUCAGCUAUUCACAGACUGUCAACAUUUGCAUCCUAGAAGUUGUAAUCAUUAUUUUUCUUACUGUGCUGAUUAUUUCAGGCAACCUUGUUGUUAUUUUUGUAUUUCAUUGUGCACCUCUGUUGAACCACCACACAACAAGCUAUUUCAUCCAAACCAUGGCAUACGCUGAUCUCUUUGUAGGGGUGAGUUGUCUGGUCCCUUCAUUGUCCCUGCUGCACUACUCCACAGGGUUUCAGGAGUCUGUGACUUGCAAGAUUUUCGGAUACAUAGUUUCUGUUCUCAAAAGCGUUUCCAUGGCUUCGUUAGCUUGCAUCAGUGUUGAUAGAUACAUUGCAAUUACGAGACCCUUAUCGUAUAACACUCUGGUCACACCAUGGAGGCUACGGGUCUGCAUUUUUCUUAUCUGGAUCUACUCCUGCUUGGUUUUCCUUCCUUCCUUUUUGGGCUGGGGCAAACCGGGCUACCACGGGGACAUAUUUAAGUCUUGUGCCUUAAACUGGGAUACAGACGCCUAUUUUACCUCUUUUAUUGUGGUGAUGCUGUAUGCGCCGGCUGCUUUAACAGUCUGCUUUACAUACUUUAACAUAUUCCGGAUCUGUCAGCAGCACAAUAAAGAAAUCAAUGACCGCCGAGCACGCUUCAGCUCGCAGGAGGGAGACUCUCCCGACACCCAGGCCUGCCCGGACAGGCGCUACGCUAUGGUUUUGUUUCGCAUCACCAGCGUCUUCUACAUCCUCUGGUUGCCCUAUAUCAUCUAUUUCUUGCUGGAGAGCUCCAACAUUUACAGCAAUCCUGUCGCCUCAUUCCUGACCACCUGGCUGGCCAUCAGCAACAGCUUCUGCAACUGUGUCAUCUACAGCCUCUCCAACAGCGUCUUCCGGAAAGGACUGAAGCGGCUUUCGGGUGCCGUCUGUGCCUCCUGCACAUGCCACGUGAAGAGCAAGAAGCCUCUGCCUCAGUGUAGCAAGCGGUCCACAAACGGCUGCAAUGCUUAGCAAACACAAAACUGGUGAAGCGCGUGGUUUCUGUUUUGCUUGCAAGCUGCAGUCCCUACUGAACUAACAAUGUGAUCAGAUUUGUUUGAAAGCAAAACAGGGGUUAAAAGAAGUAUAUCUCUGUGAUCUCACUCUGGAGUUGGGGGUGUGUGUGCACAGAUGCAGUUGGAGCGGGGAUCUCCCAUCUUACUAUUAGUAAUUCAAGGGAGGUCACUGCUGGUUAUGCCCCGUAAGGUGUUAUUCAGAGGAGUCCAGCGAUAUGUUUGCCUUCAAGGGGUGGGCUUGGAUGGCCUCCUAUACAGAUUGUGGCCAGUUUGCGCAUCCAUGUUUGCCAAAACAAAGUUGAUUUGUGUUAAAUUAGUAGCAGUUUCAUCAUGCUUUUUUAAAACUGUGUGCUCCUGCAUUAUGCUUAAGUAUGAUUUGAGGGGCUUACAAUGCAAAAUAAUUUAUUUAAAAUAAAAACAAAUACAGGAAUGAUGCUGCCUUUCAGUUCACUGGAUAAAAUAAUGACUUGAUUUAAAGUGAUUCACUUGAAGUCCUUGGUGUUCUGUAUGCAUAUUGCUCAUGAACAGUUUAACCCAUUCACAGUUUCCAUAUGUUUUGAAGCUAGGCUUCUCCAGUUCUUUACAAAACUCAAAAGAGAUUCUUCAGUAUGUAAAGUCCAUUGAUCUGCUCCACUUGUGGUCAGUCAGUAAGUCUAAAGAAAUCUCUAAAUGUAUAAACAUUUCCACACCACCAAAUCACUACUUAAAAGCUCAGUGCAUCCUAGUUGCUUUUUUCAGUCGCUGCUUAAAGGGAACCAUGCUGGUAGUGCUGCGUGGGGUAAAGUUGGAAACCACUGUGUUGCAUGAAAUUAGUGCUGCGUUUAGAGACUAUGGUUAGUGUUUAUUGUACUUCAGAUAUUAUGGUUUCGUCAAAGUAAGCAUGAAUAAACACAAGAAGUGGUCCUGUAGUGGUGGUAGUGAUAUCUGACUGUUUAUUUUUUUUAACCCUGAUGUCACUGACUGAGAGCAAAAACAUGCGACAAACAAAAUCAUUGUUUUGAGAUAGGAGCAUUCAGAUGUAAAUUAUUGAAAUAUAUAAUGAAGCACUUUUUUUUUUUUUUUUGCCAAACAGUAGUUUAAGAAUGUAACAUUUACUUGGCAGUAAAUAUUACCUGUAACAAUAGCUGUCUGUUUUAUACCUUGGGGGCAUGGUUUAUGACAAGGGGCCCACUUACUUGGUUGCACUGUUUAUUUAAAACAAACACAAUUACAAGUGUUAUUCCAGGUCACAGGUGCUUGUUACGAUAUUGCCUGUAGGGAAAAUAUAUGUUUGUAUUUUUCCACGUUAGUUUCUCUGUUUGCAAAUCAACAUGAAAAAUGAUUUGACUGCGCUCUCCAGAAAAGAAAUGUCAUGCUGCGAGAAGCCAAUUUGUUAUAUUGUACUCCCCACCCUCCUCAACUUUCAGAUUAGUCGCAUUGUGAUUGAACUGUGCAAAACAUUUUUAGACAAGCCUGAAAUUGCAGUGUGUGUUAUGAAUGUUCACAAAAUUACAAUAUAAACAAGGUUGUACAGUACAUGGUUUUCAUUUUUCCAGUGUAAACAUUCCCUCUAGGCCUCAUAGACCUGCAUACGCACAGCCUUGUUUCAAUCAACCAAGAUCUAACAACCUAGUAGACAACAGAGAAAAAAAGGGAAAUAUACCUGUAUUUACUAAAAUAAUAUGCAGGCGGCUGUGUGGUCCAGUUGUUAAAGAAAAGGGCUUGUAACCAGGAGGUCCGUGGUUCAAAUCGUGGCUCUCUCACUGACAUAUUGUUUGAACCCGAGUCACUUAACUUCCUUGUGCUCCGUCUUUCGGGUGAGACAUGGUUGUAAAUGACUCUGCAGCUGAUGCAUACU